GCCCUGGUUAACUGUGCACUAUGAGGCCAGGGGGGGAGGAACACAGAGUUUCUACUUACUGGUUAAACUGGAAAUAUUAACCCUGGAAUGGAGCUUUUACAGAUGGAUAUGGAUUCCAAAGGCAUCAAAAGAAAAACUCGAGAGUAUGAGGGUUGGGUUGAUGGUGAUCCAUGUUUGCAAUGUGAGAACUAUCCCGUUAUCCGCCAGUCCAUGCUUAACAUGUCACUGGACAAGUUCAACAAAGGUCGUAUGCUGAUUGAACCUAGUCUAAGGCGGUAUGUCCUUAUUGCAAACACUCUUCGGCUGAUUGAGGAGGAGAUCAAACGAGAACCCUGUGCAGUUCCUGUGUUGGAUUCCAGAGCCAUACCUUCUGGCAAUAUGGCAACACUAAGCCAGCAGUCUUCCACUGUAAUGAUGGAAUCCCGUGUCCCUGCACUACCUGAAGAUAUAGAGAAUAUUCUCUUGCCUGGUGUUGAAGGGGAUUUACCUGUGUCGUCUUCAGUCGCCAGCAUUUUGAGGGAAUUGGAAAAUGUUUUGGAUGAAGCUGCCCCACAACACCUUCUGCGUUUGUCUGCUAAUCAAGAUCCCCAGGUCAGAGUGGAGCAAAGCCUUAACAUCACUGUUCCCCUGAACUUGAACUCUGUUCAUCAACAAGUAAAUGAUGCUGCGAGUAGAAAAGAAAAUCUUGAGAAAAAAACUAAAUGUACCCCUAAAUUGGAAACUUCAGAAGAUAGUAAGGAUAUAGAAUUAAUAAAAGAGCUAGUUCUUGCUGUGGCCUGCACUGAAACCCUACCUGAACUUCCAGUAGCCAUGGACACUUCCACACUAGAAGAAGUGUCCAGAGAGCCUUGCUCUGACUCCUCAGGGGCUGAGACACCAAAUACCAUUGUGACUUUACCCACAAAAGAAGAACCGUCCAUGGCUCAGACUGUAAAGAGCAUCUCUACAGCUCGUGCAACAGAGACUAUCUUUGGUAGCUUUGAAAUCAUGAGCUCUAGUUACCUCAAUGAUGUUUCUUUUGAUGACCCCUUUUCAGACAUAGACACCUCAGUGUUUGAGAGAGAGGUCACUUCCUUGGGAUCGGUUUCUGGUAGCCGGUUUUGUGCUCAAGACGAACCCUGGUAUCCAUCUUGUAAUUCUGCUUCAUACAGUUCUGGCCAAGGUCUUAGAGAUUCUAAUGAUCUGGACAACAUCAUGGAGAUCCUGGUUGGGUCAUGACGUUCUCAGAUACCUCUUCUCUCUAAAUUAGGAGUAAGAACCAUGUGAACCUGUGUCCAAAUUACACAAGUACUGUUCUAAUGAGAGGGCUGGAGCGUGCACAACCAUGUCUGCAUAGACUUUCAAUCUCCUCUCUUACUCUGGUGGUGUUCAAAGCAAUAUUUGUGCCUCAAACCAUUGAAGGUGCAUGUUAAUGUUUACAAACUUUUUUUAUGAGAUCUACAGUGACAUGUUCCACAGAGUUUGUGCUUCUGUCUCACCAGGCCAAUCUCUUUAUCUUCUGUGAAGAUAUUUAUUUUUAUAUAUUUAUAUGGACAUCAGUGGGGGGGGGGGUUGUUUUGUUUUUUAAUUGUUAAAUUUUAUUUUUAAAGCAAACUUUUACAGACUGUUCCGCGCUGUAGAUUAUGUUGGCUGCUAUGUGGUCAUAAGGUUGGAGGAUGUUCCACUGAAGCCAAUUCUUCCUUUCAUUCAUUGACCACAAAGCCCUCCGCACCUUUUUUUUAAUUUAUAUUAUUUAUUUUGUUUUCAAAAUGAUUUAACAAGCCAAUGUUUGUAUUUUUUUUUUUUUUUUUUUUUUUUUUCUUUUUAUCUUCUGAACAUACUUUCUGUAGAAAUACUGUCAGGUACACUGAGCAGUACUGUGCACACACUGGUAGAUUUCUAAAUGGGGGAAACUGCGUUUUCCUACUUUAACUUUAGCAGAGGAAUUAUUUUUACAUAAAUAUACAAGACUCUUGUAGCUGGUUACACCAUAGUUAACAAAAUGUUUUAAAUAUACAGGUAGCCCUCAGUUUACGCCGGGUUAGGUUCCAGAAGGAAUGGUUGUAAAUCGAAAUCGUUGUAAAUUGAAACCCAGUUUAUAAUGUAAGUCAAUGGGAAGUGAGGGCGUUAGGUUCCAGGCCCCUGUCAAAAUUAUCAUAAGUAACACCUAAUACGUUAUUUUUAAAGCUUUGAAAUGAAGACUUUAAAUGCUAAACAGCAUUAUAAACCUAAUAAAAUAACCACACAACACAGAAUAUAUAAUUAAACUAAGUUAAAUGAACAAAAACAUUUGCUAAACAGCAUUAUAAACCUUAAAAAAUUAUCACACAAUGCAGACUUCACUUGCAUUUUUCUGCAAACAGUUCUUUCUAUGCAUUUCAAUCUGGACUGAUUUAUAGUCAGGAAGAUCUUGUUCCUUUGAAAUCUGCUCGAUAGCUCAGAUCUGGUUAAACUGAUUAAUUUCAGCUUGCUUGGCUUUGCUGCAACACAACCGGACAUCUCCACCUACUGGCUAUUUUAAUAAAUGCACUGCUUCUCAAUGCUUUUCAAUAGCAGUCACAUGACUGGGAAAAAAAGGUUGUUAUUCUGAAACGGUGUAAAUUGAACCGUUGUAAAACGAGGGCCACCUGUAAUACUACUGCAAAUAUCACUAAAUCCAGGUAACCGUGUGCUUAAACAAUAUUAACAAACGUUAUGAUUUACUUAAAGGGAUAUGAAACCCACAUUUUUUUUUCUUCCAUGUUUCAGAUAGAGCAUGCAAACUUUGUAAUCUACUCCUAAUAUUUUUCUUCGUUCUCUUGGUAUCUUUAUUUGAAAAAGCGUGGAUGUAAGCUUAGGAGCCAGCCCAUUUUGGUUCAGCACCUUGGGAAGUGCUUGCUUAUUGUCGGCAAGUGCUACCCAGUUGCUUAACCAAAAAUUGCCUGGCUCCUAAACCUAUAUUCCUGCUUUUCAAAUAGAUACCAAGAGAACAAAGAAAAAAUAUUAAUGGGAGUAAAUUAGAAAGUUUUCUUAAAAUUACAUGUUCUAUCUAAAUCAUGAAAGAGAAAAUUUGGGUUUCAUAUCCCUUUAAUUGAACAAUACUUUUCCACAGCAUACUUGCCUGGAUUACCUAAGUGUUAAAGGGACAUUAAAUUCAAAAUAUAUAACCCCACACAGAUUUCCUAACCCUGUUUUAUGUGCUCUACACUUUGCAGCCAUGCAUGAGCUCAUUGGAAUCUGACCACAACAAAAGAAAAGCAUGUAAAUGUUCUCAAUGGGUGUAUCCCUGGACUGCUCUGGAUUUCUAAAUACAAGCUCUAUAAAGGAUAUGUAAUAUACUUACACUUAUUUUACGUCUCAUAUGAGCUAUAAAGGGCCAUUUUUUUCCCCUUCAUAUAUAGAUAAAGAAAUGCCAAUAUUUUGGUAACUUCCAUAUGGGGUACAGGGAAAAUGUGUCCUACAGAAAAUAAUCUGUAUGAGAAAAUAUACCUGGGAAAACUACCACAUAUAGACUCAGAGCUCUUUUUUAAAGGGGCGUUCUGAACCGAGCACCGCAACGUUCCGAAUAUCUUAACACACCUGCAUUUUAUAUUAUAAUAUCAGUGUUUAAUGGCCCUUUUUUUAACACUUUUUUUCCCAAUUACCAGGUACCGUUUGAUAGGCCAGUAAUUUAAUGGUUAUACCUCAGUGAUCCCUUUCUUCCGAAAUGCUAUACAAUAUUUAGAAAUUCCGUUGUGUACAAUGGCUUAGAACGUCUAAAAUGAACAGAUCAUUGCCCAGUUUGUUUUUUCAUCUCUAGAACCUGACCUUUCAGUGCUGAAAAUAUCCAUGAGGUGCAUUUCUUCCCUCCAUGCCAUGGUUGUGAAUUAACCGCACAUCUUAGAAAUAGUUUUAGUAGCAGAAACAUAAUUUCACUUCAGAGUUCAUUUACUCCCAUUUGAAGAACAAGUUUCAUGUAUCCCUUAAAGGGACAUGAAAUCAGAUUUGUUUUCUUUCAUGGUUCAGAUAGAGCAUGUGAUUUUAAACAACUUUCCCAUUUGUUUUGUUCUCUUGAUAUCCUUUGUUGAAAAUGUUACCUAGGUAGCCUCAAGAGCUUAUGAUUGGUGGCUGCACAUAUAUGCCUCAUGUUAUUGGCUUACCCAAUGUGGCCAGCUAGCUCCCUGUAGUGCAUUGCUGCUACUUCAACAAAGGAUACAAAUUUGGUGAAAUACAUUUAGAUGAUAGAAGUAAAUUGGAAAGUUGUUUAAAUUGUAACUAUGUUUCUGUCUACCUGAGAUAAGGAAGGAAAAAGCUGGAUACUCCUUAGUAAAAUAAAAAUACAAGCUUUAAUAAUUCAUUAAAAGUGUACGUGGAACAACCAAACAUACACAUAGUGGGCGCAACACCAGGCUUACGCGUUUCAGCUAGUUAGCCGUAAUCAUAGUCUACCUGAAUCGUGAAAGAAAACAUUUGGCUUUCAUGUCCAGCAAAUAGAAAUAUUUUGAGGCAUGGGGAGGAAAUGACAUUAUAUAAAAUAUCAGGAUAUCUGUUGUGUGGUAAAUCCCUGUUGUACCAGAUGUCAUGUGUGUUUUUUGUACUAGAGCACAAUUAUUAUUAUUUUUUUCUUCAUGGCUUGUUAAAACUACCUUUAUGCUAAAGUGUAUUUAAUGGAGGCUCUGUGGAAAACUUUCUAGAUGCGAAUAAUGUGAAAAAUAUAUUUACAAGACCUUACAAGGUAAUCUUAACUUAUUUUUUUAAGAGAAAGCCAUAUUUAAGAAGUUAAGCCAUGCCUAUAAAGUUUACCGUUGCAGUGUGAAAUUCAUCUUUCUUCAGGAAAAACAAAAUUGUUUCAUGUGCCUUUCUGAGUCUCGCUCCCCACUUUUCUAUUCUGAUGAAUUUGGAAUUAAUAAAUAUACAGUAUAUUAAAAAAUAUAUAUAUAUAACAUUUAUAAAUGCUAUAUGGACCAGAAAAACAAAGUAGAAGGAAUGAAUACAUACUCUGAAUAUUUAUGGUGCUGUUUCCUUUCUUACAGUGCAUACUGUAUUUGCCAAGUUAGCUACCUUUUUUUAAAAUGUAUCUAAAUUUGCACACACUAUAUAUAUUUAAAUGAAGUGUGGGAAUGAGACUUCAGUUAGGGAAUGAUGUCUUAUUGUAUUUUGCACAACACUUUUGUGAAGGCAUAAAGGAUUUUUUUUUUUUUUAACAAUUACUUGUUUUUCAAACUAUGCAAUAUGUACAGGUGAAUGAGGCUAUGGGGUUUAUGUAUUUCUUUGUCUUUAUUUAAGAAAAAUAAAACAACAAAAAAAAGUA